AAAUAUGCCACUCCCACCAGCUGCCUGUACAUAAACAUGUGCACGUGGCUGUCAGUAUUCGUCUUGCAACUUCAAUCUCGAGACUGAACGGUCGUCUAGCGAUCCUUUGCUGCCCCGCUACAGCUUUGGUCUUGGUUUUACUGCAACCAUAUCAGAAACAGAGCGUGCAAACUUUUCUAUUUUUACGAGCGAGUAUUUUAUCCCCAAACUAGUCAUAUUACUUCAGUGUAAAUUGCAAGUAUGUCUGUUAACUGCCAGCAGAGCAGCAGCUGUCCUAUUCCCAGCCGCUUCGGUAACUCAAAGGACUGGCCCCUGCUCCCAGACUCCUACAGCCAGACUCCCGAGGGAACGUUCUUCUCCACCACGCCCGGAGGAACUAAGAUCAUCUACGACAGGAAGUUCUUGCUGGAAUGUCGUAACUCUCCCAUUGCCCGUACCCCCCCCUGCUGCCUCCCCCACAUCCCCGGAGUGACUGUGCCCCCCCUGGGAAAGCUUUCUGAGGGGAUGGAGAAUAGCCCCCACCUGGCAGCAGAUGAUGACCAGUUUAUGAUCGACAUCUGACCCUCCAGACCUUCUCCAUGGUCGAGGUUUGGUAAAGGUUGACCACGGCGGUUGACGGUCUCUACAGGGCCUGCAGACACCCCUCCAGCAUUUUAAUUCCCAUGAUUCUAGAAUUCACCGUUAGAACCCUCAGAGAAACACGGUUCUCUGAGGUGGGAGGUGGAACAGUGGCAGUUUUCUGUUAGAGCCCAGAGAGCGGGAAGGAGGGAGGGUGAUACAGACUGUUCAUCUGCCUUUAUCUUGAUGUUCUUUGUCUUUUGUACAUUUGG